CUCCGAACCCGGACGGUACGGUCACAGUUCUGCCGUGGGGCGUCGAAGCUGGAGCAAGCAGCAGGGAACCCGCCACCCCUCCGCUGGACCGGACCGGAGCAGCCGGCCCUGUGGACCGAUGUCGUGGCCGAAAUGUCCCGACACAUCUACAUACGGAACAAGAUCGGCGAGGGCAUCCAAGCGCCCAUCUUUCACGUGAAUCGUGGGACUUAUUCCAGGAGGAGCCGACUCAAGAGGUCCGAUGGCAGCACCACCUCCACCAGUUUCAUUCUCAGACAGGGCUCAGCUGAUUCAUACACUAGCAGACCAUCAGACUCUGAUGUCUCUCUGGAGGAGGAGCGGGAGGUGCAGGCUCAGGUCCAGAGCCAGAGCCCAAGCCAGAGCCAAGGACCGGGACAGAGCCGCCAGGAGAGGGAGCAGCAGGCCGCCACUCAACUGGAGAGAGCCAAGACCAAACCUGUGGCGUUCGCUGUGAGGACCAACGUCAGCUAUUGCGGCGCACUGGAUGAGGAUGUUCCAGUACCAGCCACCGCCAUCUCCUUUGACGCCAAGGAUUUCCUCCACAUAAAAGAGAAGUUCAACAACGACUGGUGGAUCGGUCGGUUAGUGAAAGAGGGCUGCGAGAUCGGCUUCAUCCCCAGCCCUCUGAAGCUCGAGAACAUCCGGCUCCAGCAGGAGCAAAAGAGAGGACGUGUCCAAGGAAAGCAGAAACAGAAAGUGACGGAGCACGUCCCCCCGUACGACGUGGUCCCCUCUAUGAGGCCCGUGGUGCUGGUCGGACCCUCGCUCAAGGGUUACGAGGUUACGGACAUGAUGCAGAAAGCGCUGUUUGACUUCCUCAAGCACAGAUUUGAUGGCAGGAUAUCUAUCACACGAGUCACGGCAGAUAUAUCAUUAGCCAAGAGGUCUGUUCUGAACAACCCCAGUAAGAGGGCCAUCAUCGAAAGGUCCAACACUCGCUCCAGCUUAGCUGAGGUGCAGAGUGAAAUUGAGAGGAUCUUUGAGUUGGCCCGCUCCCUACAGCUGGUGGUGCUGGACGCCGACACCAUCAACCACCCGGCUCAGCUCCUCAAGACCUCCCUGGCCCCCAUAAUUGUUCAUGUCAAAGUCUCCUCGCCAAAGGUCCUGCAGAGGCUGGUCAAGUCCAGAGGGAAGUCCCAGAGCAAACACCUGAAUGUCCAGCUCGUGGCAGCUGACAAAUUGGCCCAGUGUCCUCCAGAAAUGUUCGACAUCAUCCUGGACGAGAACCAACUGGAGGACGCCUGUGAGCACCUCGCCGAAUACCUCGAGGCCUACUGGAAGGCAACCCAUACCUCCUUGGCGACGCCCCUGAACCCCCUGCUGGGGCGCAACCUGGGCCCCACCACCCUGACCCCCUACCCCACCAGCAUCUCUGGGCUGCAGAGCCAAAAAAUCCGCCAGAGCAACAACACGGGAGACCAUUCCACCCCGAACGAGCGGCGCAACCUGAUGACAUCGGACGAAAACUACCACAACGAGCGGGCGCACAAGGGACGCAACCGCAUGUCCUCUGGCUCUCAGCACAGCCGGGACCAGCAGGACCACUACCAGGACUACCAGGACCCCUAUCAGGAUGCAUACAAGCCACACCGCAACCGCAGCUCACCGGGCAGCUACAGCCAUGACUCCCGGCACCGGCUCUGAGCCCACGUCCGCACCCCCACCCCCCCCGCAACCCAACGGCCCCCAACCUCGAAAAUAAACAGAGCCAAGACAAUCCCAAAUUGUACCUUUGGUUUUGUUUUGGUUUGAUUACUUUCGUCCACCUGGCUAACUUUAUCUUCUCUUUACAAGGUUGUGUAAAUCGAGCUGCCGGGGGAGGGGGGGGUGGUCCUUGGCCAAUCAGCGGGACGAGUAGUCCGGUGGUCCCAGGACGCGUUCCUGGGGCCCUUUUGGGAUUGAACCAACACACACAGCUCGGCAGACGUGCAGCGCGUGUGGAGCAGCCGGCGGUCAGACGGUGGCGCUGUGCGGGCCUUUAGGUGCCCCGGGACAUCGCACCAGCUCGGGGGGGAUGUCCACUGCACGCAAGACUGCUGAAGACUGCUGACCCGGACUUGGGGCCCGUGUACAGAUCCCCCUCGCCAUUUAGCUUCCUGCAUGCUGUCAAAUGAUCAACCUCCGCUUCCACCCCAUCGAGAUUUUGUACCUCGCGUUCUGGAUUCUCUUUUAAUGUGGUGUCAAAUUCUUCUUGAUCCCCAGUCUGUGCGCUAAGGCGGUGGCUGUGUUUUUUUUGGAUGAUAUCCGACUGCUAGUUUCGAAAACUGGUGCUUCAGAUCCCCAAACUAUUUCGCUACUCAAAGGUGACUUUGAGCGAGGCCAGCUUUUCUGUAGCACAGCGUUAGGGUUUCAUUUGGGCGAAGGCCUGGCACAGUCUGACCAAUAGGAGACGAGAGCGACGACUUGAGGUGACAAGCUUAAAAACAACGCCGCUCCGCGAAGCUGUCCGGGCCGUCUGAUGUUUUCUGACCCGCCGACGCGAAGAAUAAUACUGGGCACAGUUUUAUUUAUUUGUUUUCCUUUAUGUUUAAUAGACCCAAAAAGAGCAUCUGCUGCUGAAGCUACACGCCGUUUAUUCAUCUACUAGCAUUGACAUGGUAGCGCUGUCAUGUGAAAACACAGGUACGGGUGGCGCUGAAGUCGCGAGAUCGGUUCCACGGCCAUCGAGGCGUUAAAGGUGUGACGCGGCGGCGGCUCUCUGUGUAGCCGGCAUGUUGUCCUGACUGCAGAGCAUGAUCCCCCCCAAACGUAAAAUAGAACCCUACUGUAAGCAAGUUGAUGUUUGUGGACGUAUUGGGCACAUCUCUCCCCCACUAAAAAAAGAGAAGAGAAAAAGAAAUGUAGCCCGAAUGACAGAAAAAUGAAAUCUCUGGAUUCAACAAAGUUUUGAUUCGCAUCCUUCUCGAAGCUACAACGAGUGUCAGAAGUAGAGUCGCCGUGAUGUUACGGAGUCACGGACCAAAUGAGCUGCUGAGCUCGCUCAUAGUUUAAGACUUGUCGUCGUCGUACACUGUACAUAUCUUAUUACUUUCAGAUAUCAGGCUUUUGAUAAAGCCGGUGGGAUUUUAUCUCCAGAUAAGCACUUCUAGCCAGACAUAUUUUGGAAGUCUUAAAAGAGGCGUUAAAUAAAAUGACACAUUGGACUGAAUAGAACUUUUUUUGUCUUGUGAUCACAGGACAGGCGUCUUCCGUACUGCGUAGUCUGUCCUCACCUUUCUGGGAGUAAGCGACAUUUGUUAUCUUGAAAUAAUUAGAUAGUUGUUAUCUUAGCAGGACAAACAAUAUAAUAGUUGCGAAAGCCGCGAUUACAUAAGUUAUAUGAAGAGUUUGUCAUGUGGAGACAAAUCAAUGACUUUUGAAUCAAAGAAGCUGGUAAAGUGUGAUCUGACUCCUCUGUUUUCCUGGCAGUGUGUUUUUGUUUGAACGCUUUGUUUGCUUUUGCUGGAUUUUAUUCCAGUGCACAGAAAAAUAAUUAGAUAACACAAACAGUGAGAAGUGAAUUCAUUUUGAAUUAAUUCAACACUGUUUUCCGGCCUUAACCAUGAAGGACAGACGCACGCUGCCAGGGAGGCGGGCUCCUGUCUUCCUCCGCAUUGAGUUUUCUUUGGCGCGUUCUAGUGAAGUGUUAAAGCUCCUCUUUUUUUCCCACUCGGAGACCUUCUCUUCUGACAAACAGUGAGCGCCUCAGAAAAUCAAUACUAGAGCCAUUCCCUUAAAUAUGAAGAGGUGUAUUGAUUUGUUUUUGUCCUGAGAUCUAUAGAGAGGCCCAUUUAAAUGGUUCACAUGCGAAGGACUGUGACCAUUUGUUGUUCAGUUAAAGGAAACUUCUCCUGCUGUGUAACUGAUUCUGUAUUUCAAGGUACAUUCUGUCCCAUAUCAGAGAGAUAUUUGACAUUUUACAGGCCGGAUGUUUUAAUGGACCUUCUUUCCAAGUAGCCCCUACUUAUUGAUUUAAAUGCAGAGUCGGGUGUGUGCAGAUCUGGAUGAACGGUUGUACAGCACAAAGGAAGAAGUGAGAGUUCUUAGGAACUGACCCACCAUGUGAUUCUGGCACAGAUCAGCAUACGUACAUAUAGUAUCUACACCAGAAUCCGUUGAUUUCUCUGCCCUAAAGUUUGUUUAAAAAAUGUGUGUCCUGUGACUGUCUCACUCUGAGCCGCAGCAUCAACCCCACGGACUGAUUUAUUCCAUUCGGACCAAUGCUGAGCUCGGCCGCUUGAGACAAUCAGAGGGGAGUUUCGGACCAGCAUCCCUUCAUCCCUCUCUGGGUGAAUGGAGAAGAUGCCACACUCACUCUUGAAGUAAAAAAAAAACAAAAAAAGCAGUCCUGGCCUUUCUUUUGUUUUUAGCCCAAUUUUUGUCUCCAAAUGAAACUCAUCUGCCUUUUUUCCACAGAUUAAAUCUCAAGGUGACCAAUAAAACACAGCAUUUAUUGGAAGGAUUUCAUUUGGUAAAGUGUAAAACGAAAGGAAAAAAACACUAUAAGCAAAAGAACAAAUACUUAUUCCGGUAGAAAACUAAUAGAUGAAUAUUUGCUGGCCAUUAUUUUUAUAACAAAUAAAUGUACAUAAUGUCUUUGAGGGAUGCUAUUCGCUGUAUACAUGUGCUGAAAGGAGACGACGGCGACCCGUGUGGGACACUGGGAACGACAGCAAGGUCCAGUAUACAAAGUUUCAGUAAUGUGCAAUACAAAAACGGCAUGCUGUUUUAAAAUGAGGAACUUCAUGUACUGUACUAUGCAACCGCAAACUGUGUACAUCGCUUCAUGCUGUGGCUUCUCCCACCGCCCCUUUCCGAGCAGCAGCAUCCGGGCAUCUAAGGGAUUUUUGUGUUUUAUGUUGUUUUGUUUUUUUUCUGUGAAAGAUGAAAACCUAAGCGGCUAAUGCGGUAUUGCAUGCGUAAUAUACCAUUCUAAUUUAUUCAUUAAAAAAAGGAAGUAAAGAGAAAGACACGAAAUUGGAUUUGAUUGUGUUUAAGGCAAAGCUACGAGUGACUUAAAACAUUUCUUUUUCAAAAUAAAAAGAGUCCUUCUACAGUU